AUGCUAACAAAUUCAGCGACAACUGACAACGAUGAUUUCAUGAAAUGCAUCGUUUACACGGAUAAAUUUCGUGAUCCAUCAAUGGAUAUUCGUGUAACUGUACCAUUUGCAAUUGCAUAUUUACUUAUAUUCAUCUUAGGAGUAAUUGGGAAUGUUUUGGUAGUAUGUCUUACUUUAUCGCAUCGAAAACUUCAAACAGUACAAAAUAUGUUUAUAUUGAAUUUAGCUAGUGCCGAUUUAGUUGUAUGUAUUUUUUCACUUCCAAUUACACCGGUUGCUAAUGUUUACAAAAAUUGGUAUUUUGGCUCGGCAAUGUGUCAUGGACUUCCAUGGAUGCAAGGAAUUGCGGUAUUCAUUGGUACCUUCAGUUUGUGUGCUAUAUCCGUUGAUAGGUAUAUUAUGGUAAUUCUACCAACGAGGAGGAUUAUUAAUAAAACUCGCUCGAAAUAUAUAACAAUUAUUCUUUGGACAUUAUCAAUAAUUUCAACGCUUCCAUAUGCAAUGUAUAUGGAUCUUAUUGUUGUUGAUGGAAUUUGUGGCCAAUUUUGUACUGAAAAUUGGCCAAGCUCACGUUUAAGAAGUGUAUAUACGAUAUUUGUUUUUGUGGUACAAUUCGUAAUUCCGUUAACAAUUAUGUUCAUUUGUUAUUAUUAUAUUUUUGCUGAAUUGCGAAAAAGGACAUCAAAAAAGAUUAUGCGUUUAAAAGAACGUUCAAUGGCUAUGGCAUCAGCAGGUUUAGUAGAGAAUCCCAAUAAUAAUAUACUGGAUUGCAAGAGAAAUUUUGGUAGUAAUGCUUUUAAAGAAAAUCAUGAUCGUUUACGAAAUGAAUUAUUAGCAAAUGCUAGGCGUAAUACAAUAUUACUUGUUAGUAUGGUUGUAUUAUUUGCCGUUUCUUGGCUACCACAUAAUAUUGUUUCAUUAUUAAUGGAAUUUGAUGAAAGCUUAUUUGAGCGACACGAUGGUGUCAACAUUAUUUAUCUCAUCAAUUUAUUCACUCAUUGGGUAGCAAUGGCAAAUAAUGUUUGGAAUCCAAUUUUAUACGCACUACUAAAUCCGUUAUUCAUUGAAUUAAUGGCGAAGACAUUGUAUAGGUUACGAAGGUUAAUCUGUUGUUGUUUUUGUGGUGAAAGAAGCACUACUAUACGAGAGGAACGAUUUGAAGUUGAAUGA